AUGGCAGGAAAAUUAGAAGCAGUAGAGUCACGAGCAUCAGACCCUGCAGCAAAAGAAACAGGGUGUGACAAUUCAAAAAAAGACAAACAUUUCUGCAGUGAAGGGAUCCUUGUGAAGAAGGCAAACAUGUGGACUGCUGGGAGAAACAAGAUAUUUGAUAGACUUGUAGAAUUCCAGAUCAAACUUGUGGCCUCAGCAUCUCUGGCAAGUGAACUAAUUGCUCAGAUGACGUGUGCUUUCAAAGAUCCAUUAACCACAGAUGCCACUAGAGUGCCACUGACUUGUGGAAUUCUGGAUAAUCUCUUCACCAACAGCAUCUACUACAACACUGCCUACAGAGGUGGCCGCCAUCUCCUGUUCGGCAUCAUAGGUGUGCUCAGGCCCCUCAUGAAGCCAAAGACUGUCGGAAAGAAGACCAAGAAAUUCAUCCAGCACUGGUUAAUCAAAAUUAAGUGCAACUGGCAGAAACCCACAUGCAUUGACAGUAGUGUGCACAGAAGAUUCAAGGGCCAGAUCCUGAUGCCCAACAUUGGUUAUGGGAAUAACAAGAAAACAAAACACAUGCUGCCCAGUGGCUUUCAGAAGUUCCUGGUCCACAAUGUCAAGGAGCUUGAAGUGCCGCUGGCGUGGAACAAAUCUUACUGUGCUGAGACGGCUCACAAUGGCUCCUCAAAGAACCGCAAAGCCAUUGUAGGAAAAGCAGCCCAGCCGGCCAUUGGGGUCACCAAUCCCAAUGCCAGGCAGCGCAGCAAAGAAAAUGAAUAA